AAGGCGCUGACUAUACGUGUGUAUUCAGCCCCUAGCAGUCUUCGCUUCAGAAGCCACAGAGCAACGCGAUUCCUGAAAUGGCUCUUCGUAUUACAAGGAGCGCUCGCUUGGCCAGUAGCGAGAACCAAAAUGCUAUUGCUGGGAAAGCAGUCAUUGGAAAUAAGCCUGCUCUCAGGCCAAGAGCUGCGCUCGGUGAAAUUGGGAACGCAGUCCUCCCACGGCAGCCUAUAAAGAAAAAGGAUGUGAAGCCUGUACCCGUGGUGGUUGAGAAGAAAGCUCCUGAGCCUGUUAAGCAACCAAAGCAGUCACCCGAAGUUGAACAUGAGGUUCAGAUUCUGUCAGAGCCUUCCUCUCCUGUACCCAUGGAAACCUCUAGCUGUGCACCAGAGGACCUCUGCCAGGCUUUCUCUGAUGUACUGCUCAAUAUCAAAGAUGUAGAUGCUGAUGACUAUGACAAUCCCAUGCUUUGCAGUGAAUAUGUAAAGGACAUCUACAAAUACCUCCGGCAACUUGAGGCUGAUCAGGCUGUCAGGCCACGGUAUCUGGAAGGAAGGGAAGUCACUGGGAACAUGCGUGCCAUCCUUAUUGACUGGCUUGUCCAGGUUCAGAUCAAAUUUAGGCUACUGCAGGAGACCAUGUACAUGACUGUGGCAAUCAUUGACCGCUUUCUUCAAGAUCAUCCAGUUCCCAAGAAGCAGCUCCAGCUUGUUGGUGUAACUGCCAUGUUCAUUGCCUCAAAGUAUGAAGAAAUGUAUCCACCAGAGAUUGCAGACUUUGCCUUUGUGACAGACCGUGCCUACACUACUGCUCAGAUCCGUGAGAUGGAGAUGAAGAUCCUGAGAGUCCUACAGUUCAGCUUUGGUAGACCUCUCCCUCUCCAGUUCCUUCGAAGGGCUUCAAAAAUUGGAGAGGUUACAGCAGAGCAACACACUUUGGCCAAGUACUUUGUAGAGCUCACCAUGGUGGACUAUGAUGUGGUGCACUUUCCUCCCUCUCAGGUUGCCAGUGCUGCAUUUGCUCUCAUGCUAAAGGUCUUCCAUUGUGGGGAAUGGACUCCUACUCUGCAGUAUUACAUGGGCUACACGGAGGACAACCUGAUUCCAGUAAUGCAGCAUAUUGCAAAGAAUGUUGUAAAGGUCAAUGAGGGGCUCUCAAAACACCUGGCUGUUAAGAACAAGUACUCCAGUCAGAAGCAAAUGAGGAUUGCCUCAAUCUCUCAGCUCAAGUCAUCAUUGAUUAAGGACCUUGCCAAGCAGGUCUCCUAGUGAGAUUUGAAGAGGACCCUAGCACUGUGUGCUGACUGUAAAUUGUAACUUAAUUGCAUGCUUUUACUUUCCUAGACUUUUGUGGAAUCUCAUUUUAAGGUUAUGCUUUUUACCAGCGUUUUUCACUGCCAUUUGUAAAUGUAACCAGUUGACUCAAACUGUGCAAUCUUGUACAUUUUAAAUUGCAAUAAAUCUGAUUACAGGUACAUGUCA